AUGGACUGUUCGCCAGAGAGGCUUGAAAGACUUGUUUCUGAUGAAGACGUCGAAUUUGACGCUGAUAUCGCUGGGCCAGGAGUACUAGCUGCUUUCCUUGUCACGUCGUUGAUAGCACUAGCGACUCUGAUUCUGGCAUUUCUUACAAUAUCAGUGCCUGAGCGUCUUCUAAACUCUGGAGACGACGUAAUCGCUGCUGGGGCGCGUCGGAUUUACCACCGAUUGAGGUUUCUCAACACCAAACGCCCAAACACCAAACCCCCCAAGGUUGACCAAAGCAGAAGCGAGCGGGUUCAUGCUUUCAUGACCUUCAUGGUCGCUAUAAGUGAUCAAAUCCUUGUCUCUCAAGCCUCCAUCCUAAUCGCCGCUCUUAUCAUUCACGACGAUAUCACCAUAUAUUCAAGCAAUAUUGUGAUCGCCCUGGGGUGUCUCGCGUCGACGGUUCACUUGGGUAGUUUUCCAUUUUAUAUAGACCGCAUUAAAGACCAUAGAACCGCCAAGCUUAUUCGUGUCCUUGCUAUGGUCGCCGGCUCUGGAAUGCUCGUCUUCCUGCUCGUUAUACAACUAUCGUACACCUGGGAUAUGGAGUCCCACGUCUACUUCAUUUGCGCCCUUCGGGACUAUCGGAUGAGUGAGGAGAUGGCAGGUAUGGACGUAAUCAAUCUCCUCAUUGGGAUGUUUGUUCCACUAGCAGUGCUUUAUGGCACGUAUGAGAUUAUUCAGCUUCUGUAUCGCGACCAGCCAGUUGAAGAUAACCCCAAUGAACCUGGUUCUAGGGGCGAGCCCCCUCAUGCACGACAAAAUAGAUCGCAUCUUGAUGAUCAGGAGCUCUCAGAGAAUGGGGGUAUUGAACUUCAAAACCUUGCUAGGUUAGAAGACCAAGCCAAUCCAGAGAGCUAUCGGGAUACUAGCGGUAUAGAAGUCGAAAGUCAGGCGAUCGUUUCCAUUCUGCAGCUGAUCUCAGACAGCAACAGAGAGAUGAUGACAGACAACGAGGCGGGCUAUCAACAUCAAAGAUUCAUAUUGUUGAGGCCAAGAGGCGCAAAGAUUCAAUUCAGAGAGCUACUGAAUGAGAUCAAAGAGUCUAAACGGGAGAGACUCCUGAACAAAUGGCUGAAACUUAAAGCUCUCACGAUCUUGACCUCGAAGAGAGUGUCGACAAGAAAGCUCAGACUCCUUAUGAGAUUGACAGAUGAAACAUGGGCAUUCCACCAAUGUCGGGGAUCCUUCGCCUGGAGAUUAUUCUGGCUCUGGUCAGGUAAUGUCUACGGGAUCGUGACCAUUUUUAUUUCGAGAGCUGUGACAACAGGCAUGUCAGGCAAUCCCAACACGAUGGGAUUUGGCCAGGUUGUGCCGCUAACGUUGCUUACUCUCCCGAUAUUUGCGGCCAUGGAGGGCCGCGCUGACUAUAAGCAAAAACUAAAGUCAAUUGACAAAGCUCAUGCUGAUCAAGCGAUUCUCGAAACACCGGUUACUGGGAACACACGGUCUCAAUCAAGACAUCAAUCUCCUGCUCAAAGACAUAACAUACCUGCAAAGAGAGAGAUUUUAAGGAUACAGACCGUACAAGAGAUCCUUAAGAAGCGUUCCAAAGAUAUUGGAUACCCGGAGCUUUACGAUUGGUUGACAGGAGACGAUUUGGCCUCCGCACCGAGUCUCCAGAUGGGUGUUGCGCUUCAUGUAGCAGUCAUGUUUAUGAUUGCAACUCUACUCGGCUUUUCGAUGGCUUAUGGUAUAGCCAGUAUCAAUAUUACAUUGAUCGUGCUUCUGUUUCUUCUUGCCGCUCGCAGGCUCAUAGGCCUCUCGUUGGUUGUUCAGGAUUUGGGAUCGUGCCCCAUGAUCCUCGAUCAUCUUGGUUGCUCGAAUCAUUUAACUCGACAACAACUUGGAAGUCACGGUGAGAGAAUGGCCAUAGGUCAGGCGACUGGAGAUGCUGGGGAGGAUAUAGAAGAGGAGGAAGGGCAAGAAGCGUAA